ACUACCAGUCUGGGGAAAUGCAAAACCUUUCCAAAGGUUUUUCUUGGUUAGGAAAAGAGAAAUGAGAAAGAGACGAAUGACUAUUCCAGAGCUACAUGAAUAAUUUCCAGCUUCGGGAGGAACAGUUCUGAACGUCCUUCCAGGCGCUGUCACGCUGGUGUUUCCUGGCAAGGGACUAGGCAGCAAGCCGGUUGUAGGCCCCUGGGAUUUCCAGGCAGGUGAAAAGGCCAGGCUGUUUGGAGAAGUGGAGCGCAUUGCAGCGACUCUCUUUGGAAAAGCCCAGAAAGAUGUCAGAGCUGCUCUCAGUCUUCCUCCGCCUCCUCCUUCUCUUCAAGGUGGUUACCCCGGUAACCUUUCGCCACCACCGCUAUGAUGACCUUGUCCGAACGCUGUACAAGGUGCGCAACGAAUGCCCCCAAAUCACGCGAGUCUACAGCAUCGGGCGCAGUGUGCAGGGGAGACAUCUCUACGUGCUGGAAAUCAGUGACUACCCUGGAACCCAUGAGCUCUUGGAGCCAGAGGUCAAGUACGUGGGGAACAUGCAUGGCAACGAGGUGCUGGGCCGUGAGCUGCUGCUGCAGCUGUCCGAGUUCCUGUGCGAAGAAUUCCGCAGUGGGAACCAGCGUGUCACGCGGCUUGUGCAGGACACGCGCAUCCACAUCCUGCCGUCCAUGAACCCCGAUGGCUACGAGGUGGCAGCUGCCCAGGGUCCAAAUGUGCCAGGGUAUCUGGUUGGCAGGAACAAUGCAAAUGGAGUGGACCUGAACCGCAACUUCCCCGACCUCAAUACCUACAUCUACUACAAUGAGAAGCAUGGAGGUCCCAACCACCACUUGCCCCUGCCAGACAACUGGAAGAGUCAGGUGGAACCUGAGACACAGGCGGUGAUCCAGUGGAUGCGUUCCUUCAACUUUGUCCUUUCAGCCAACCUCCAUGGAGGGGCAGUGGUGGCCAAUUACCCAUAUGACAAGUCCAUUGAGCACCGGGUCCGAGGCUUCCGCCACACUGCCAACUCCCCCACCCCUGACGAUAAGCUUUUCCAGAAGCUGGCCAAGGUCUACUCCUAUGCGCAUGGAUGGAUGCACCAAGGGUGGAACUGUGGGGAUUACUUCCCAGACGGCAUCACCAACGGAGCUUCCUGGUAUUCUCUCAGCAAAGGAAUGCAAGACUUUAAUUAUCUCCAUACCAACUGCUUUGAGAUCACCCUAGAGCUAAGUUGCAACAAGUUUCCCCGCCAAGAGGAAUUACAGCGGGAGUGGCUGGGUAACCGGGAAGCUCUAAUCCAAUUCUUGGAACAGGUUCACCAUGGCAUCAAGGGAAUGGUACUUGAUGAGAAUUAUAAUAAUCUCGCAGGGGCUGUCAUUUCUGUCAGUGGGAUUAACCAUGAUGUCACUUCAGGUGACCAUGGUGAUUACUUCCGGCUGCUGCUUCCAGGUACCUAUACUGUCACUGCCACAGCACCCGGGUUUGACCCUGAGACAGUGACUGUGACUGUGGGUCCUGCAGAACCCGUACUGGUUAACUUUCAACUCACAAGAAGCAUCCCUCAAGCAAGCCCUUUGAGGAGAGCUCCCAGUGGAGGGCGUAAGAGCAAGGUGAAAGUGCAGCCCCGGGCAGCCAGGAAGAAAAAGAUGGAAAGGAAGCAGCCCUGGAGAGGCCCUGCCUGAAAUCCACCUGCUGGGCAACUUGCUUGUCAGAUCACAUGGUGCAUACUUUCUUUUUUUUUCUUCUUCUUCUUUUUGAGACAGAGUCUCAAGCUGUCACCCUGGGUAGAGUGCCA